GUGGCCUUUAGGGCCUGUAGACCGGCAGAGUGAGCACUCGGAGACCACAUUCGAGUCGGGCCUUUGCUUUCCACGCUGAGGACUGCUCCUUUCUACCUUGGCUUUCGCCUGCAUACAGCUUGGUUUGAUUGUGGCUACAAAGGAGCUUGGCGCAGCUGUUUGGUGACCAGCGUUGUCCAGCUUUUCUACCGCGACUUGCUUCUUACGCGCAACGCGCAGCAACGUGCACUACUUACGAAAUUCGACUUCUCCCUGGAGGCAUCACUUCUUCCCGCUGCGUCUUGCGUCCCGUGACGCGUUUUGGUGGAUGGUGCAAGUACCCUGCGGGGGCCCCGCGGCCCCUCGCAGGCCCAAGCAGAUGCAUUGUCAGCGCAUGUGCUUGGCGCUGGUGUUUUCGAUAUUACUUCCGCUGGCAGCAACACUCUCAAUGGAGCCCUCCAUCACCCGUCUGACGGCCAGUGCCCGAGACCGCGUGGGUGACCGUGUGCAACACAUCGAUGUGUCUUUCAUCCUGUCGGCAGCAGGCCCGCGCGUUGAAGUCGACCUGGAUGUCGGCGCGUUGCGACUGUCGCGAUCGGUGGAGUGCGAUGUCGCUUGCGCGGGCAAGGAGGUCACCUUUGAGGGAGUUGAGGUGGAGACAGAGGCGGUGACGUCGGUGGUGGUCCUUGCCCGCGACGGCAGAGGCCGCACAUCCAUGGCAUACACGUCCUUUGAGCAGAUCGGUGUGGCAGGUGUCACCGUCUCACACGGCGUGGCUGAGCACCGCCGUGCUCUUGACGCCACCACGCCCACGUACUCACCAACGCCCUCGCCAUCCCCCAUGUACGGUCCCUCGCCCUCCCCUUCUUACGGCUCGCCGUCUCCGUCGCCCUACGGCACGUACAGCCCUUCCCCUUCUCCCUCGUACGGCAGCCCUUCUCCCGCUUAUUCGUACGGCAGCCCUUCCCCCUCUCGCACUCCUGGGCCAACCGCAUCCCCCAGCCCGUCUGUUAAGGAGAGCCCCGCGCCCAGCCCGGAGCCUGAGGCUUCGCCCAGCCCCGCUGCCUCCCCCUCGCCCAGCCCGGCUGUCGAGGAGAGCCCUUCACCCAGCCCUGCCGUCGAGGAGAGCCCUUCCCCCAGCCCGGCUGUCGAGGAGAGCCCUUCCCCCAGCCCUGCCGUCGAGGAGAGCCCCUCGCCCAGCCCUGCCGUUGAGGAGAGCCCCUCCCCCAGCCCUGCCGUUGAGGAGAGCCCCUCCCCCAGCCCUGCCGUCGAGGAGAGCCCUUCCCCCAGCCCGGCUGUCGAGGAGAGCCCCUCGCCCAGCCCGGAUGUCGAGGAGAGCCCCUCCCCCAGCCCUGCCGUCGAGGAGAGCCCCUCCCCCAGCCCGGCUGUCGAGGAGAGCCCCUCCCCCAGCCCUGCCGUUGAGGAGAGCCCCUCCCCCAGCCCUGCCGUUGAGGAGAGCCCCUCGCCCAGCCCUGCCAUCGAGGAGAGCCCCGCGCCUAGCCCAGGGCCCAGCCCGGCUGUCGAGGAGAGCCCCUCGCCCAGCCCUGCCAUUGAGGAGAGCCCUUCCCCCAGCCCUGCCGUUGAGGAGAGCCCCUCCCCCAGCCCUGCCGUCGAGGAGAGCCCCUCGCCUAGACCUUCCCCCAGCCCGGCUGUCGAGGAGAGCCCCUCCCCCAGCCCUGCAGUUGAGGAGAGCCCUUCACCCAGCCCUGCCGUCGAGGAGAGCCCUUCCCCCAGCCCGGCUGUCGAGGAGAGCCCCUCGCCCAGCCCUGCCGUCGAGGAGAGCCCUUCACCCAGCCCUGCAGUUGAGGAGAGCCCCUCGCCCAGCCCUGCGGUUGAGGAGAGCCCUGCACCCAGCCCUGCCGUCGAGGAGAGCCCUUCCCCCAGCCCGGCUGUCGAGGAGAGCCCCUCGCCCAGCCCGGCUGUCGAGGAGAGCCCCUCGCCCAGCCCGGAUGUCGAGGAGAGCCCCUCCCCCAGCCCUGCCGUCGAGGAGAGCCCCUCCCCCAGCCCGGCUGUCGAGGAGAGCCCCUCCCCCAGCCCUGCCGUUGAGGAGAGCCCCUCCCCCAGCCCUGCCGUUGAGGAGAGCCCCUCGCCCAGCCCUGCCAUCGAGGAGAGCCCCGCGCCUAGCCCAGAGCCCAGCCCGGCUGUCGAGGAGAGCCCCUCGCCCAGCCCUGCCAUUGAGGAGAGCCCUUCCCCCAGCCCUGCCGUUGAGGAGAGCCCCUCCCCCAGCCCGGCUGUCGAGGAGAGCCCCUCCCCCAGCCCGUCUGUUGAGGAGAGCCCCGCGCCCAGCCCGGAGCCUGAGGCUUCGCCCAGCCCCGCUGCCUCCCCCUCGCCCAGCCCGGCUGUCGAGGAGAGCCCUUCCCCCAGCCCGGCUGUCGAGGAGAGCCCCUCGCCCAGCCCUGCCGUCGAGGAGAGCCCCGUUCCCAGCCCGGCUGUCGAGGAGAGCCCCUCCCCCAGCCCGGCGGUCGAGGCGAGCCCCUCUCCCAGCCCUCAGCCAUCCCCUGCGCUGUCGCCCUCCCCAUCCCCUUUUCCGUCUCCAUCCCCCAGCCCCAAUCCGAGCCCGGUUCCAGAGCCAAGCCCGGUACCGAGCCCCCAGCCCAGCCCUAGCUUGACUCCCAAGCCCAGUCCUUCUCCCUCGCCUGAGCCAAGUCCGGAACCAGAGCCGGAACCUGCGCCCAGCCCCGCGGCCUCUCCCUCCCCCAGCCCUGCCGUUGAGAGCCCCUCCCCCAGCCCUGUCGUCGAGGAGAGCCCCUCGCCCAGCCCGGCUGUCGAGGAGAGCCCCUCCCCCAGCCCGGCUGUCGAGGAGAGCCCCGCGCCUAGCCCGGGGCCCAGCCCAGCUGUCGAGGAGAGCCCUUCCCCCAGCCCGGCUGUCGAGGAGAGCCCUUCACCCAGCCCUGCCGUCGAGGAGAGCCCCUCCCCCAGCCCUGCCGUUGAGGAGAGCCCUUCCCCCAGCCCUGCCGUCGAGGAGAGCCCCUCCCCCAGCCCUGCCGUUGAGGAGAGCCCUUCCCCCAGCCCGGCUGUCGAGGAGAGCCCUUCACCCAGUCCUGCUGUCGAGGAGAGCCCUUCCCCCAGCCCGGCUGUCGAGGAGAGCCCCGCGCCUAGUCCUGCUGUCGAGGAGAGCCCCUCCCCCAGCCCUGCCAUCGAGGAGAGCCCCUCGCCUAGCCCGGCUGUCGAGGAGAGCCCCUCGCCUAGCCCGGAGCCCAGCCCGGCUGUCGGGGAGAGCCCCGCGCCUAGCCCGGGGCCUGAGGCUUCGCCCAGCCCCACUGCCUCUCCCUCGCCCAGCCCGGCUGUCGUGGAGAGCCCCUCCCCCAGCCCGCACCCUCCCAGCCCAGCCCCUCCCAGCCCGGCCCCUCCCAGCCCCGCUCCUCCCAGCCCGGCUCCCCCCAGCCCGGUCCCUCCCAGCCCCGCUCCUCCUAGCCCGCCCCCGCCUAGCCCGCGGCCUCCCAGCCCGGCCCCUCCCAGCCCGCCCCCACCUAGCCCGGGGCCGCCGCUUCCUCCUAGCCCGCCGCCUCCCGGCCCUCCUCGCCCGCCGCCACGUCCUCCUCGUCCGCCGCCGCCUACCCCACCAAGCCCGCCGCCGCCAUCUCCCACGCCGCCGUCCCCGCGGCCGCCCAGUCCCCCGCCACCGUCCCCGUCGCCACCUAGUCCCGAGCCGCCUACCCCGGAGCCACCCAGCCCGGAGCCACCUAGCCCCGAGCCUCCGAGCCCGGAGCCUCCCAGCCCCAGCCCGCCCAUGCCACCCUCUCCCGCUCCCUCGCCUCCUCAGCCGCCCAGCCCACCCCCGCCUCCUCCUCCCUUUCCUCCUGGUGUGAGCCUGGACCUUUCGCUGCUGAAGCUGACGUUUGCUGGCAACGUUAGCGAGCUGAACGCGACGGACAUCUAUAACCUGCGCAAGCAGAUUGCUGACUUCUACGGCAUUCCCAUUGAGCUGGUCAUUUUCGACAUGGGGGCCUCCUCUGCGAACGGCAGCGGCCGCCGCCGACUGAUCAGCGGCAGCGAUGAUAUGCCUCUGGCAAUCUACAGCCGCGGCCAGCUGGGCUCGCAGUUUGACGUCCACGCCGGUCACGCACUCGUGGAGAUGAAGCUCGUGGGCAAGCUUGACAUGGGCUCGCACGAGUUUGAGAUGAUGAGGGCAGCCAUGGCCGCAAUGACCGGCGAGCAGCUGGCGGGCGCACGCCGCCGCCAGCUGCUCCAGAACUCGGGCUACACGCUGGGUUUCGUGGUGGGAUCCAUCUCCGUGGCUCCGUCGCCGCCGCCCGCGCCGCCCUCGCCGCCACUGCCGCCGUCGCCUGAGCCGCCGUCGCCGCAGCCGCCGCUGCUGCCCGGGCAGUUCGCGCCGCCACCCAGCCCCCCGACUCCUCCCCUUCCUCCCUCGCCGGAGCCGCCGUCACCGGAGCCGCCGUCGCCACCUCCCAGCCCGCCAGCUCCCCCGCCGUCUCCGCCGAAGUCGCCUCUGACUGACGCCCUCAACGCCACCAGUGCUGAGGUGUUGCAGUUCCCGCCACCGACGCCGCCCUCCCCCGUGCCGCCCUCCCCGCCCCCGUCCCCGGCGCCCCCCUCCCCGCGCCCGCCUUCGCCCCGCCCGCCUUCGCCCCGCCCGCCGUCGCCGCGCCCCCCGUCACCGCGCCCGCCGUCGCCGCGCCCGCCGUCACCGGCGCCGCCUGCGCCCCCGUCGCCGGCACCGCCCUCUCCCUCGCCGCCCUCGCCGGCGCCCUCGCCACCUCCCAACUGCGAUGUUCAUGAGGGCUUCACUUUCUAUCCCAUGCAGAACUACGACUGCACCGAAACCGGGGCAUUCAACUGCACCAUUUACACGUCUUUCAAUGGCGAUCCAUCGGCGGUAGACCUCGCAGCGUAUACCUGCGGCUUUGGCAGCGACACCGUCGAUGCGCAGAAAUGCGGCGCCUUUGACAGCGACGGAAACGUCCUGUCGACCUACGAGCAGGGCGUCGCGUCAUACCCGGCCGAUCCGGUGGAGGUCACAAACCUCAGCGGCCAGUGCGCCGGUGUGUACGUGAAGAACGAGUACCGCUACUUCCCACCCCCGCCUCCCUCGCCACCCACGCCUCCGUCUCCGGCCCCGCCCUCGCCUGCGCCGCCCUCCCUAGCCCCGCCCUCGCCGAGCCCGUCGCCCAGCCCGGGCCACCCCAUUGCACCCUCCCCCCCGGUCCCAGUCCCAACCUACUCGCCCUCGCCUUCGCCUGUGGCAUCCCCCGCUCCCUCGCCAGCCUACGGCAGCCCCUCUCCCUCUCCCAGCCCGGAGGCCUCCCCCUCUCCCAGCUCGGAGCCCUCUCCAUCUCCCAGCCCGGAGCCCUCUGCCAGCCCUUCGCCUGCGUAUGGCAGCCCGUCUCUUUCACCCAGCCCGGUUGCAUCUCCAUCUCCUAGCCCUGAGCCUUCUCCUUCUUCCUCUCCCUCUCCCAGCCCGGAGCCCUCUCCCUCUCCCAGCCCAGAGUCCUCCCCUUCUCCCAGCCCGGAGGCCUCACCGUCUCCCAGCCCAGAGCUCUCUCCGUCUCCGAGCCCAGAGACCUCUCCGUCUCCCAGCCCUGUAGCGUCACCAAGUCCCGCGGCCUCUCCUGCUCCCGCUCCUAGCCCCUCACCUGUCUAUGGCAGCCCAUCGCCUUCGCCCUCACCGGACUUUGGACCGUCACCUUCGGCCGCGCCGCCUUCUCCUAGCCCAGAGUCGUCUCCCUCCCCUUUUGCGUCUCCUAGUCCAUCUCCUUCACCCGUGCCUGAGCCCUCACCUGUUCCCAGCCCGGCACCAUCGCCCACCCCGGCACCAAUUCCAUCUCCUAGCCCAGAGCCCUCUCCCUCUCCCAGCGCGGAGCCCUCUCCCUCUCCCAGCCCGGAGCCCUCUCCGUCUCCCAGCCCGGAGCCUUCCCCCUCUCCCAGCCCAGAGCCUUCCCCCUCUCCCAGCCCAGAGCCUUCCCCGUCUCCCAGCCCGGAGCCCUCCCCCUCUCCCAGCCCGGAGCCCUCUCCGUCUCCCAGCCCGGAGGCCUCUCCAUCUCCCAGCCCGGAGGCCUCACCGUCUCCCAGCCCGGAGCCUUCCCCCUCUCCCAGCCUGGAGCCUUCCCCCUCUCCCAGCCCGGAGCCUUCCCCCUCUCCCAGCCCGGAGCCCUCUCCGUCUCCCAGCCCGGAGGCCUCUCCAUCUCCCAGCCCGGAGGCCUCACCGUCUCCCAGCCCGGAGCCCUCUCCAUCUCCCAGCCCGGAGCCCUCCCCCUCCCCCAGCCCAGAGCCCGAGCCCUCUCCCAGCCCGGAGCCCUCUCCGUCUCCCAGCCCGGAGCCCUCUCCGUCUCCCAGCCCGGAGCCCUCUCCGUCUCCCAGCCCGGAGGCCUCUCCAUCUCCCAGCCCGGAGGCCUCACCGUCUCCCAGCCCGGAGCCCUCUCCGUCUCCUAGCCCGGAGCCCUCUCCGUCUCCCAGCCCGGAGGCCUCUCCGUCUCCAAGCCCGGAGCCCUCUCCAUCUCCCAGCCCGGAGCCCUCUCCGUCUCCCAACCCGGAGGCCUCUCCGUCUCCCAGCCCGGAGCCCUCCCCUUCUCCCAGCUCGGAGCCCUCUCCGUCUCCUAGCCCGGAGCCCUCUCCGUCUCCCAGCCCGGAGCCCUCUCCAUCUCCCAGCCCGGAGCCUUCUCCGUCUCCCAGCCCAGAGACCUCUCCGUCUCCCAGCCCGGAGCCUUCCCCCUCUCCCAGCGCGGAGCCCGCUCCGUCUCCUAGCCCGGAGCCCUCUCCCUCUCCCAGCCCGGAGCCUUCCCCCUCUCCCAGCGCGGAGCCCUCUCCGUCUCCCAGCCCGGAGCCCUCUCCGUCUCCCAGCUCGGAGACCUCUCCGUCUCCCAGCCCGGAGGCCUUUCCGUCUCCCAGCCCAGAGCCCUCUCCGUCUCCCAGCCCGGAGCCCUCUCCGUCUCCCAGCCCGGAGGCCUCUCCGUCUCCCAGCCCGGAGCCCUCCCCUUCUCCCAGCUCGGAGCCCUCUCCGUCUCCUAGCUCGGAGCCCUCUCCGUCUCCCAGCCUGGAGCCCUCUCCGUCUCCCAGCCCGGAGCCCUCUCCGUCUCCCAGCCCUGAGCCCUUUCCGUCUCCCGGCCCGGAGCCUUCCCCCUCUCCCAGCUCGGAGCCCUCUCCGUCUCCCAGCCCGGAGGCCUCUCCGUCUCCCAGCCCAGAGACCUCCCCUUCUCCCAGCUCGGAGCCCUCUCCGUCUCCUAGCCCGGAGCCCUCUCCGUCUCCCAGCCCAGAGCUCUCUCCGUCUCCCAGCCCGGAGGCCUCACCAUCUCCUAGCCCGGAGGCCUCUCCGUCUCCCAGCCCGGAGCCCUCCCCUUCUCCCAGCUCGGAGCCCUCUCCGUCUCCUAGCUCGGAGCCCUCUCCGUCUCCCAGCCCGGAGCCCUCUCCGUCUCCCAGCCCGGAGCCCUCUCCGUCUCCCAGCCCUGAGCCCUCUCCGUCUCCCGGCCCGGAGCCUUCCCCCUCUCCCAGCUCGGAGCCCUCUCCGUCUUCCAGCCCGGAGACCUCCCCCUCUCCCAGCCCGGAGCCUUCCCCCUCUCCCAGCCCGAGGCCCAUCCCCAGCCCGCAGCCAUCUCCCUCUCCUAGCCCGUUACCAAGGCCCUCUCCCUCUCCCAGCCCUUCACCGAGCCCCUCUCCGUCGCCAAGCCCCACGCCGAGUAUGUCACCUCCUCCCAGCCCGGCGCCCCCAAGUCCGCCACCCCCCAGCCCGCGGCCCCCCAGUCCACCUCCGCCCAGCCCAGCGCCGCCUAGCCCACGCCCACCUGCUCCUCCGCGCCCGGUGCGCCGGCCCCCGUCGCCUCCUAGCCCGGCGCCCAGCCCGCCGCCGCCGAGCCCUAUGCCGCCCUCGCCUCCGGCGCCGCCUGCUCCCCCGUCGCCUCCCCCGCCUCCGCCCCCGCUGCCCGAGGGUCUGGGCGUCGAGGUUUCCAAGUACGAGCUGUUCUUCCAGGAUAGCAACAUGACGGCAUCGGAGAUGACUCAGCUCUGCUUGGACAUUCGUGACGAGAUGGCGGCGGCAUUUGGUGUGCCCAUCGACCAGGUGAUCAUCCCCAGCUGCUCUGCCUACCUGGUUUCGUCCGGCGGCUCCAACCGCCGCCGGAUGGUGGAGCUCGGCCACUCCGCCGCGCCCAUCAAGGAGUGGAGCGGCGAGCAGCUGACCGAGCUGCUGGGCUCGGACUCGGCAGUGGCUGCCUCGGUGGAGCAGCUGGUCGGUAUGGUGCUGGUCAGCCGCCGCUUCGCCUCGGAGCGCCAGUGGAACAUGGACCGCGUGGCCGCCAACGCCUUCGCCAGCGCGCGCCUGCGCCGCCGCGGCCGCUUGCUCUCGCAGUCAAGCAACACGUUCGCGGUGGAGGUCAUCAUCGCUCAGAUCGUAGAGAUGCCCUCGCCGCCGCCUUCGCCGCUGCCGCCCUCGCCCACGCCGCCCUCGCCUCCCAGCCCGCCGCUCAACCCGGGUCAGUUUGCGCCGCCGCCGUCGCCGCCCGCCAUGCCCCUGCCGCCCAGCCCGCCACCGCCGCCGCCGGUUUACCCGCCGCCGCCACGCCCGUCGCCGCCGCCGCCAGUGAACCUGGACGUGAUCGGCGCCAAGCUCGGCGCAAACGUGUCUCAGAUCUACGACCCUCCCUCGCCGCCGCUGUCGCCGCCGCCCUCGCCGCGGCCGCCCAGUCCGCCGCCGCCCAGCCCCGUGCCGCCCAGCCCCGCGCCCUCACCGCCGCCUGUGUGCGAGCGUGAAGGCUACGUCUACUUCCCCAACGCAGCCUACGACUGCGCGGCCGCGAGUUCGUCGUGCCUGGUCCUUGAGAGCUGGGGCGAUUCACCGGGUGACGCCGAGUACAACUGCAACUACGGUCCUGAGGAUGAUCACUACACGCCUGCCGACUGCGGUGCCUUCGACUCGAACGGCAACGUGCUGUCGCACCCCAGCGGCGGCCGCUACGCAGCCGACCCCACGACGGUUCAGGGCCUGUCUGGUGACUGCCCCGGUACCUGGGUAAAGGAGGAGUACCGCUACGUGCCGCCGCCCCCGCCCUCGCCACCUGUGCCGCCUUCGCCCGCCCCACCCUCGCCGAGCCCCAGCCCGAGCCCCAGCCCCAGCCCGAGCACUCCCGUGGCUCCUUCGCCGCCUGCGCCCGUGCCCGCCUACAGCCCCACGCCCGUGCCCGCCUACAGCCCCACGCCGUCGCCCUCGGCCUCACCCAGCCCCAGCCCAAGCCACCCCGUGUCACCGUCGCCCCCGGCUCCGGUCCCCACCUACUCGCCCUCCCCCUCGCCGUCAGGCUCGCCCUCGCCCUCACCUUCGACCCCGGUGGCUCCCUCUCCGCCCGCGCCUGUGCCAACCUACAGCCCCUCGCCUAGCCCAAGCCACCCUGUGUCGCCUUCACCCCCGGCUCCGGUUCCCACCUAUUCCCCAUCGCCUUCCCAUUCGCCUUCCCCUUCCCCCACCUACUCCCCGUCGCCCGUGCCGGCUUACAGCCCCUCGCCAGCGCCCACCUACUCGCCAUCACCGUCGCCUGUCUACCCGCUGUCCCCAACUCCCUCGCCUGUGGCCUCACCCUCGCCCUCUCCCAUGGCGUCGCCGUCGCCGAGCCCUGUGGCUUCGCCUACCCCCUCACCCUCGCCGACAACCUCGCCCUCGCCGGAGCCCUCUCCCAUGCCCAGCCCCGAGCCUUCACCGAGCCCAUCUCCCGGUUCCUCCCCCCGCCCGGAGUCCUCUCCGUCUCCCAGCCCGGAGCCCUCUCCGUCUCCCAGCUCGGAGCCCUCUCCGUCUCCCAGCCCGGAGCCCUCUCCAUCUCCCAGCUCGGAGGCCUCUCCGUCUCCCAGCCCGGAGCCCUCUCCCUCGCCUGGGGCUUCUCCCUCGCCUUCUCCCACCCCCGAGCCCUCUCCGUCCCCCAGCCCCGAGCCGUCGCCGAGCCCAGCUCCCGUCCCCUCGCCCAGCCCGGAGGCUUCGCCUUCUCCCAGCCCCUCGCCUUCUCCCUCGCCUGCUGUGGGUGAGACGGUAACGACUACGCUGCGGCUGGUUGGUGCGGACUACGGCAUUGUGAGCGGCUCUGAGGAUUCUAUGAUCGCUUUCGAGUCCGCGGCCUGCAUUUCCCUAACGAGCACCACCGCCACUUCCAGCUGCUCGCUGGUGUCCGCGACCAGCGGCUCCAUCAUCGCCACCUUCGACCUCGUCAGCAACGUUGGCGUCACCGCAGCCCAGCUGACCAGUGAGAUCGACAGCAAGGCCGCAAGCAACACGCUGUGGACGCCGGACUUCACGACGGAGUACAGUGUGACCUCAACCGAGGUGCUGCCCAACCCCAGCCCUGCGCCGGUGCCCACACCCUCGCCGAGUGCCUCACCGUCACCAAGCCUGAGCCCUGCGCCGAGCCCCAGCCCCAGCCCCAGCCCCUCACCGAGCAACGAGACCUCACCUUCUCCCAGCCCAAGCCCAAGCCUGAGCCCGAGCCCCAGCCCAAGCCCAAGCCCAAGCAACGAGACUUCACCUUCUCCCAGCCCAAGCCCAAGCCCAAGCCCAAGCAACGGGACUUCACCUUCUCGCAGCCCCAGCCCCAGCCCCAGCCCGAGCCCCAGCCCCAGCCCGAGCCCCAGCCCCAGCCCGAGCCCAAGCCCCAGCCCAAGCCCCAGCCCAAGCCCGAGCCCCAGCCCCGGCCCCAGCCCAAGCCCAAGCCCAACUCCAAGCCCAAGCCCAAGCCCAAGCCCAAGCCCGAGCCCAAGCCCAAGCCCGAGCCCAAGCCCAAGCCCAAGCCCAAGCCCAAGCCCAAGCCCAAGCCCAAGCCCGAGCCCAAGCCCAAGCCCGGUCCCGGUUGUGCCGGUGUCGUCCCCGCCGCCGAGCCCUGCGCCACGCCUGCCCAGCCCGCCGCCGCCUGCGCCCGGCGCCAAGACCAUCUUUGGCCAGGCCUAUGACGGCUACCUGUCGGGCUGCACCGUUUUCCUGGACAUCUCGAGCGACGGCCUGUUCGGCGCCGACGAGCCCAGCGGCCGCACCACCUACGACCGCAGCGCCGCGUCCUCCGGCUGGACCUUCUCCGUGAACGCCUCGCUCACGCCCCUGCUCGCGCGGCGGCAAAUCCGCCUGCUCCCCGCCGACGUCGCCGAGCUCGCCAACGGCAACCGCACCUCCGACGGCAAGGGCUGCCACGACGUCGCGACGCUCACCAAGCUCGCGGUGCCGCUCGCGGCCCCUGGGUCUUGCAGCACGCCCGUGAUCACGCCGCUGUCGUCGGUGCUCAGCGAGAUGGACCUGCUCACCACCGGCCAGUUCACGGUGGCGGCGCUGCGCCAGCGGCUGGUCGGCGCGCUGGGCCUGAACCGCACCACCACGCCCACGCUGUGCGAGUACGACGCCACCAGUGACGCGCUGGUGGACCUGCAGUCGCCCGGCGGCCGCCUGUAUGCGCAGGAGCAGGCGAUGAUGGCGUCCGUCACCACGCUGUGCUCCUACGUGACGCCGGCGCUCAAGGACCUGCCGACCUGCGCCCGCCUCAUGGUGCAGCAGGUGGCGGCGCGCGUGCUGGCCGGCACCUCGGCACGACGCCGCGUGCAGGCGGCCCGCGCCGGCCGCACGCUGCUGCAGGGCAACUCGGGCAACACGCCCGCCGCCAACAACAGCGCCAGCAACAGCAACAGCAACAGCAACAGCAAUUCCACGCUGCAGCUGGCCGACCCGCUGGGAGGCCUGCUGAACCUGCAGGACCCCGCCACGCUGGCAGCGCUGCUGACCGGCGUGGCGGCACAGGCCGACAAGCUGCCGGCCGGCAGCUACAACCCCGCCGCGCUCAACGACACCGCGCGCAUCAACGCCACCGUCAACUCGGUCAGCCAAAUGCUGGCGAUCGGCGCCAACGCCACCAGCCUGCAGACGCUGCUGUCCAGCAGCCUGGUCGCUCAGGACUACCUUGCGGCGCAGAUCGCCUCCCUGGCAGCCGCCAACUCCUCGGCCGCCGCCGCCGCGCUCAACUCGUUCGCCAACUCCACCUCCUCUGCCGCGCUGUCACAGCAGGUGGCCACCACGCCCGUGCCCGGUGACUACAGGCCCUUCAACAACACCAACCAGAGCGGCGGCGACAACGCCCCGCCGCCGCCGCCGUCCGACAGUGGCGGCGGCGACGACAACAACAACCUGGCCAUCGGCCUGGGCGUGGGUCUGGGCGUGGGCCUGGGCCUGCUUGCUAUCGGUGGCGUGGGUGCUGGCGUGUACUACAAGAAGAAGAAGGCGGACAGCCGCCGUGACGCGUACAACGUUAGCGGCGCGGCGGAGGGUGCGGACCCGGAGCAUCGUGGCGGCGUGGCACCCGUGCAUGACGUACGGCCGCAGUCACCGCCGCCGCCGGCAGGCUUGGUCACGGCGCAGUUGGCGCCGCCGGGCGCCGCCGGCGGGCCGCAGCUGACCGGCACGGCGGUGUAAGCGCGCGAGAACAAUUUGCAUUCCUGCAUUGCUGCUUCGCUGCUUGCGGAUGCUAAAAAAGCGUGUGAUCCUGUGUUGUGCUGCGUCUUGUGUUGUGUUGUGUACCGUACACGGUGUGUCGUGCUUCCUGUGGUGGAGUGUGCGCGUAGCCCAAUCAUGACAGGGCGCACGCGGUGUGACAGUUGACAAUGACGGUGUGGGGUGGUGGCAUGCAUACAUGGGCGUGUGUGUGGUUGUGUGGAUAUGACAGAGGCAGGCAUGGGGACACGGCAGAGCUUGACUGGAUGGUUUCGCUCACAUCUGCAUUGCUAAACCUAAUGCAGAGGCUCCGCGUAGUGCCUAGCCGGAGGCGGCAUGCGCAGCCUUGCGGCUUGUGCGCGAGCACGUCUAUGAAGCGUGCGAUCAGGUUGUCUGCGGACGUAGUAGUACGCGCAUGUGUGCGCUAACGCACCUGGCUGCCUGGUGCAGUGAGGCGGCCGAAAACUGGGCCACGAGUAGUAUGAAGGGCCUGCGAUAGGCCUGACUGGUCCCUACACUAGGGCCUGAUUGAGCAGGAUGAUUCGUGACAAUCGUGCGACACAAUUGUGCAGGGAUUCAAACACGUCUCAUACGGUAUGCACACGCGAACAUGCCCUUACUUGCUUAGGCGACUGAUGAAUGGAUUCCGCCACGCAUGUCACAAAUACGUUGCAUUGAAAGCAUUGAAGGUUUAACAUGUUAAGAUUACGAGAGAGCAGGAUGCAGGUUGAAGGACAGGGCACUACUUGUGGGGGAUAGGGCUACACCUAGUUGUGGCAUUCCGUGGUGGUGCGGUCGCAGUUAAGCUGUUGCGUGUUGUCUGUGCUUGCACGCGUGGUUGCGUCUCAGCCGUACCUUGGAGUGGUAUGCAGUCUCAACGUGCGGACAUUGUAUGUGUGAACCCUUCCUUGAGGGCAGGUUACUUCUAUCCGUUAUCCAUUCUCUUCCUUUCUUUAUACCCCUUAGUGACACGAAUGUGGCCUUACUUGGCCAUUGCUUAGCUCUGAGGCCUAUACAUUGCAUUCUUUGAUCGAUGCUGAUUGGCGGCAGGUCUCAGUCGGCCGGAGCGAAAGCGUGUGUGUGUGUGUGUGUGUGUGUGUGUGUGUGUGUGUGUGUGCCUUCCGCAAGGUUAUCUGUGCUGCAGAUUGUCUACCGUGUAAUAACACCCCAAG